GCGAUCGAGACAGUAGCGACGGGAAAGAUGAUGCUUGUUCGACUUUCGUUUUUUUUCGCAAUUUGUGCAUUGGCGCUCGGCAACUACUAUCAACCGAAAAAGUGCUACGUGAAAAAGGUUAGUGAAAAGUUCUUCCACGGCUACGGCUAUGGCAAAAGAUAUUCAUCUGGUACUCAGAAAGCAUACAGAAGAUAUUGCCGAAGUUUAAAGUUCGCGCACGCAAAGCGAGGAUAUUGUCCAAAUCCGAAACCAAAUUUUGCAUAUUAUGACAAAUCUUGCCCCGACCAAUCGUGUGAUAUCGAUUUUUUCUACGCAACCAGUAGAUGCCAUGGCAAAGUGGAGCUUUCUAAAGUGUUCUCCUAUAAGGCAAAAGAAUGCGAAUAUUAUCCUGGAAAAUCGUGCCAUCAGCUAAACGGUAGAUAUAAACGACGCACUGGAAGUUAUGUUGGAUCGAAUUCAUUCCCCCAUGGAUCGAAUUCAGGUAGCUAUGGAUCGGAUUCAUUCCCACAUGGAUCGAAUUCAUUCCCCCAUGGCUCGAAUUCAGGUAGCUAUGGAUCGGAUUCAUUCCCACAUGGAUCGAAUUCAUUUCUUCAUGGAUCGAAUUCAUUUCCCCAUGGAUCGAAUUCAGGUAGCUAUGUACCGUCAUCAGUUCCCCAUGGAUCGACUUCAGGUGGCUAUCGACCGGGCUAUCCAAAACCUAUCUUCAGCAAAUGCUAUUGUUACACGAGCAAGUGCCUACAUAAGUUUGUAGCAUGCUAUAAAUACAAAGGCGUCUACUACCAGGACACCGUAAAAGUACAGGUGCCUUGCGGAUGUUCCUGCUACAAAGGAUCCAAGUCAUGGAGAUAGAUUCCAUAUCUCCCGAUUCAAUACUAUGAAACUGGAAAAUAUAUUGGCUGAUUAGAAAUUUGAUAAAAACCAAUUAUGUAUUUUUCAUGGAACUUCAGUGGUAUCAUCAUUUAUAACUAAUUCACGCAUAUUAUUAAAAUGAAAAAAUUUGAUUUCGGAUAUUUGAAGAUAUUUGUUCAUUGCUUCUGCUUGCUAUACUGUAUUUUGAAUGGAUAAUAAUAAUUAUGACUUAUUCAAUAUAAAACGUCUUCUGGA